ACAACAAAGUUAGCUGGAAACCAUUCUUUUAUCCACAUUAGAGCAGGAUGGGUGGUCAAGCUAGGGUUGUCUUCAUUGCUCUUUUUGCUCUAUUUCUGUUCUCUGCAUGCCUUGCGGCAGACUCGGAGAGUGAGGAAGGGUCAUGUCUGAAGCAGAUGGAAAACAGCAACGUCAACAACAUCACGGUGGUGGCUCCGCUCGGACCGAGGGGAGAAACGGGACCGCCGGGACCGAGGGGCGUUCGCGGAGAAAAGGGAGAGACCGGCCGUCCCGGGAAGCUCGGACCACACGGCAUGGAGGGCCAGAAGGGUGAGAGAGGAGCCCUGGGACAGAAAGGCAACCAAGGCGCGGAAGGAUUGGGCGGAGGAGCUGUGUAUGUCCGGUGGGGGAGGACAUCGUGCGAUGAGGGUACGGGAACGGUAACGGUGUACUCUGGGCUUGCCGGCGGAGCACUCUACAGCAACAAGGGAGGGGGAAGCAACUAUCAGUGCCUCCCUACAGAUCCAGAGUGGGGCCGAUUCGAAGAUGGGACUCAAGGGUGGAAGUCCUAUAUGUACGGCGCGGAGUACCAACUCAACACAAACGUACCGUACGACAAGGCUACCCUUCACGACCGUGACGUGCCGUGCGCGGUUUGCUGCAGUAUCUCCCGCCGCGCGCAGCUGAUGAUUCCCGCCCGUAAGACCUGUCCGGAAGGCUGGACGCGGGAGUACGGCGGCUACCUGAUGGCUGAUUACUACGUCCACUCCAGCCGUACGGAGUUCGUGUGUAUGGACGGGGAGCCCGAGGUCCGGCCAGGCGGGGAGGGGAACGACAACGGUGCGCUGUUCUACCCCGUGGAGGCCCGCUGCGGCUCGCUGCCGUGUCCGCCGUACGUGGAAGGGAGAGAGCUGACAUGUGUCGUGUGCACAAAAUAGUCUGU